AUGGAAAUCGACAUGUUUCAUCUGCGCGUAGCUACGCGAGCAGAUCUACCACAAUUAGUCACCUUGGUCGCCGAACCUUUCUGCAGCGGUUCACUCGACACAUCGGGCCUAACUUUCAGCAAAGACGAGAUAACAGCCUACCUUGAGUGGCGUCUGCCACGUUUGCUACUCGACAGCCAGUCAUUGGUCCUCAUUCUGGAGUUCCGUCCUGUUAACUCGUUUAAGAAGGUUUCAGGUCGGAUCAUCGGGUGUAGCAUAUUGUCCCUCGGCUCUCUGGCAUCUCGACCCUCAUCAGCAGCACCAUCAUUAGAUGUCGACGUCUCUUUUCUGAAGUUGCGUUCGGCCUUGUCCGACUUGACGGUAUGGCCAGAUACACAGACUGCUGAAGUCCACACCCAGUUCGAAGCUUCUCGAAGUUGCAUUGAGACUUCAAUUGGUAAAGACUCCAUUUCUCUGCUAUUUUACUACCUGCAUCCCGAUUUCCAGGGCUGCGGACUGGGGUCGAAGAUGUUAGCCGAGGUUCAGGAAAGGGCGGAAGAGCUCAAUCAACAACUUCCUUUUACAGCUGUAUUCCGAGUUGAAGACGUCGAUUUUGGUACAAUAUGUGGAUUCAAGCAUACAAAAAAUGCUGGGAAACUGAAGGCCCUCAUAUUGUUUCCCAACAUGGUCGUCUCCACGUUGGGCGUUGACAAAUGGGCGGCCAAAUACACCCGCUUGAUCCUCGCAUUCCUUGUUUCGGGAGCCAUUCAUGCAGCUGGAUCAUGGAACGCAACGCGUGAUUGUCUGGGUGAUAUGGAAAUGUUUGUUCCUCAAGCGGCGGCAAUAAUAGUGGAAGAUUGUGUCGUCUCAUUAGGGAAGCGAUUGGGGGUCAAGAAGUCAGGCUGGACUCUGGCGCUUGGAUAUUUUUGGACAUUUUCGUGGUUCAGCUUUUGUCUAAGGGCAUGGGGCGGUCAGCUGCUUUGGGCGGGUAUGUUCGCGUCGGAUGGGUACAGCAGUGUGGUGUCACGAGUAAUCCGCUAA